GAGAAACCGGGGCUAUUCUUUAGCUCCGUUAAACAAGUCCAAAACCCGAUAACGGCUAUCAUUGACGUUAAGGGGACACUCCGACACGGGGGAUCGGGGUGUCCUCAGCCAAGUGUCGCAUUGUCAGGGUGAUGUGUGUCGGGAAUAUGAGUGAAAUGGAAGCACAAGUUGAAGUCAUCGCAGAAGGACAAGGUUCGGCAGUUCAUGUCCUUCACACAGGCCGGGGAGAGGACAGCCGUGUACUGCCUGACGCAGAAUGACUGGAAACUAGAAGUCGCCACAGACAACUACUUCCAGAAUCCAGACCUCUACUACAAAGAAUCCAUGAAAACCUCAGUAGACCGCAAGAAGCUGGAACAGCUCUACAACAGAUACAAAGACCCCCAGGAUGAGAAUAAGAUAGGCAUUGAUGGGAUCCAGCAGUUCUGUGAUGACCUGACCCUGGACCCAGCUAGCAUGAGUAUACUGGUGGUGGCAUGGAAGUUCAGAGCGGCCACACAGUGCGAGUUCAGCAGGAAAGAGUUCCUGGAUGGCAUGGCUGAGCUGGGCUGUGACAGCCCUGAAAAACUCAAGGCGAUCCUUCCCAGACUAGAGCAGGAGCUGAAAGACACAGGGAAGUUCAAAGACUUCUACCAGUUUACCUUCAAUUUUGCCAAGAACCCCGGCCAGAAAGGUUUAGACCUAGAGAUGGCUGUUGCUUACUGGAAUCUAGUUCUCACAGGUCGCUUCAAGUUUUUGGAUCUCUGGAAUCGCUUCCUGCUGGAGCAUCACAAGCGCUCAAUUCCCAAGGACACAUGGAACCUCCUUCUGGACUUUGGCAAUAUGAUUGCAGACGACAUGUCGAACUAUGAUGAAGAAGGGGCAUGGCCUGUCCUCAUAGAUGACUUUGUGGAGUUUGCUCGGCCAAUUGUGACUGGGAUUAAGCGCAACAUGACAUAGUGUUUGUCCCAGGCUUCAUGCAGUGGAUGGAGUUUGUGUUUUCUCCCAAUUUUCUUUUUUUGAAUGAGGAUUUUUAUACAAAUGAGCCAAAAAGAGACUACUUCUCAAUAAGCCUGCAGCUCGUCGUUCAGAUUGUUCUUCCAACUGCAUAAGAUGCCUUGGCUGGGGAGUGACCUGGAACACCAUUUCAGAGAGGAAAGCAGGAGGGAAUCAACAGGAGAGAGAUAAUUUGUUUGUUUGUUGUUGUCUGCUGGCAAGAACAGACUUUGUAAUUGCAAUAUGUAAGUGAGGGGUGCCCUAAAACUCAUCACUUGUGGGCAAAUCACCAAUGGGUGUGGCUUCGAACUGCUGCUGUGGACUUGGCUCACUAACUUGCACCCUUGGCACAAUGAGGAGGGACAGUAACAGUGAACCUUCAGCACACGCAGAGGAUUAAGUUAUCGAUGCAGUAGGAUGUGGCCUCUUACAUUGUCAAUUGUGAAUGGAACAGUAUGUUAAAAUCUGCAUGUUUUUGUCAGCUAGUGUGAAGCAGUGCCAUGGACGCUGAGAAGGAAAAAAAGUAAUCUACAUUAUUUUCACUGAGAUUGCAAAUGUGUAGCUCUCUAACAAUCAUACUGAGAGCAGAGAGAAAGUGUGCUUGCUCAUCAUCGUGUGUGUGUGUGUGUGUGUGUGUGUGUUUUGGGGGGGGGGGGUUAAACAUAUUGCCUCUUUUACAAUACAAUGUUAAAUAUUUUCAUUUGGUUUUAUUCUAAUUAGAAGUUUAAAAAAUGAUGAUUCACCUUGACUGAGCGACAGUGAGAAAAGUUCAGAUCCACAUUUUGUACUCUGAGAAUUGGACAGAGCAGCAUUUUGAGCUCAGCACCAGCAGAAUCUCUGUUGUUACAGUUGUAAAAUACUGUACCCAUAGGAAUAAGAAUAGAUUCUGUUUUAGAAGAACAAAAAUGUAUAUCUGAGAAAACAGGUAAUGACAUUUAUAAUCAUGAUUAAUACAUAUGAAGCAUUUAUGAUCCUAAUUUUUAAAAUGCUACUGCAAUACAUUUUUGGUUGACUUUAGUUUUGCAGUGUGAGAACUGCUGUACACAAAGAGAAACUGACUGGCACAUUGACUGUUUUCUGUUAUCCAGGUGAUGAUGACUUGUCAACCCUGCAAACUGCACUGAUUUACACUUUUUCUGUUGUAGGUUUCCUUUAGCAGACAGCGCUGUAUAUAGCUACAGAGCUAUACAGUUUACAUGACAGUCACUUACAUACUAGACUUCUUAAAAGUCUACAUGCCAGCCAGGAGUAUUUUAAGUUUUUAAGUUUUAGUUUGUUUACACUGUUUAAUGUUUUAGUCUCUUGCUUUUCAUGGAUUAGCAAUUGUAGGGCAAUGGUGGCAUGCUAAAAGUAAAGAAAAACAUAUCACUUUAAGAACACUGCUUGCGCUGCCAUCUAGGGGUGGCUGUGCAGUAGAGCAUUUCUCAAUGUACUAUAGUCCAACGCUACAUCACAGCUGGAUGUGGUCACAAGUAUAUGAGAACACCUGACCAAACCCAGCUGUGGUGAUAGAUAUGGUCAGAGGACUUGAGGCUUUUAACCCACAGAGGUCAGUGCAACAAUGCUUUUAGUGUUACUCUUUAAGUGUAAUUAUAAACACUAAACAACUCUGUAUUUGCUAAAUGCAUCCCAUUUCUCAGCUAAGGAGCGUGACAGAAGGUAGAGCUCAGGUACCAGGCGUCCUCUCCCAGUCACAGUGAGCAGCAGGCUUCCUGUACUUACGUCAGUAUUUGCCAUGCUUUCUGUCCUAAACAGCAACCAACUAUGCUAUCUUGUUCUGCCAAUUGUUGUCACCAUGAUAAAACCUUUGCAUUACAUGUGUUGAAAUAAGGAUGGAUUUUUUUUUCAGAUUUCUCUGUCCUGUCAACAUCUAACUACAAGGAAAAUAAUUGCCUUUUGUUUUCCUUAAGUUGACAAACUUCAGAGUCAGUCAUAAACUAUAGUGGUGUGCAUGAAGUAGACUUUAUGAAGUUGUCUUUAAGAAGUUGAGGCAGAUCAAGACGGGUAUUUAUUAUGAUUUCAGUCCCAGAUUGAAUGCAGAUGAGUGGCCAAGAAACCGGCUUCAUCAUGACUGUUAAACAGUCACCGUAGGAGCUGUUAAAUGUGUCAUAUUGUUGAUCUUCGUAACUAAGCAAGUUAUAUAUGUGUUGGUGCAAUGAAAUAUCCCGUAUAAAGUGUUUUCUGACUGUGUUACAACAGCGAGAUGGUGUGAAAGCUUUUCCCAGUUCUUUCUUUCUUAAGUCAACAACUAUGACUUAAGAAAGAAAGAAAAUGACAUCUUUCAGUAUUCAGUUUGAUAAUAUGGUACAUUUGGUACGUUUUUAUUUGUCAAUUGUGUGGUCAACUGUUUCUAGUCAUGCAGAUCAUUCUUAUCAAGUCAGUAUUAUUUUUGCCGGAAAGAAUAUUGGUAUUUACAGAAUAUUAUGUUUUGCCACAGAAGCAUACCGUACCUUGUUUUCUUUAAGAAAGUUGUCAAUAAAGCAUGUUGUUUUUAA